AUGGUCCAAUUCGCCAUUAUAACCUUACUCUCUGUUGCCGUUGUUUCGGCUCAGUUUGGAGCUUGGCCCAACCCAAGCUCCACCACCAAGGUGCCCAAGAAGAUCACCGUGAAGAGCGGGCAGACCUACGAUGGUAAGAAUGGCCGAUUCGUCGCUGGAUUUGCCGGUGGUGACGGUUCUCAAGCUGAAGGACAAGACCCAAUUUUUGAGUUGCAAGCAGGCGCAAAGAUUGUCAAUGUUGUCCUGGGAAAUCCAGCUGCCGAUGGAAUUCAUUGUCUGGGUGCCUGCGAAAUCGAGAACGUCUGGUGGGAGGACGUCGGAGAAGACGCGGCCACAUUUAAGGGCAAAAGCGGCGACACGUAUUCUGUAACCGGAGGUGGUGCCAAGAAGGCCGACGACAAGGUCUUCCAACACAACGGAGGUGGCACCUUAACCAUCAAGAAUUUCCAGGUAGACGGCUUUCCGCAGACCACAUCGUAUAUCAUCUUUUAGACUCAAGACAUUGGAAAGCUCUAUCGUUCUUGCGGAAACUGCAAAAACAACGGGUUUGACCGUCACGUUGUCAUUGAUACCGUGAAACUCUCCGGAGCCACGAAAGUCAUUGCCGGAGUCAACGGGAACUACAAGGAUUCUGCCACGUUGAGGAACAUCGAAAUUGCAGGCAGUGUCAAGACGGUUUGUGAGAACUUCCAGGGAACCAACAACAACAACCAGGAACCCAAAAGCGUUAGGAAGUACACAAGCCAAGAGAAUGGAGAUGGCAAGAUCUGCAUCUACAAGACCAGCGACAUCAAGGCUUGA